AUGUCGACUGUAUACUCUGUUGAAGUUCCAGAUGCGCCUACGAUUCCAGGAGAAGGCAAACCUCGUCGCAAUCCAUUUUUUGACGAAUUGCUUAAACAUCCACCUGGUGUCACUACACUUUGGGAGAAUUUCUUGCAUGGCUUGAAAGAGUCUGAUGGUGGGAAUUUCUUAGGACAUCGACCAAUUGAGAAUGGUGUCGCACAACCAUACGUCUGGCAAACUUAUCCAGAGGUGGAAACGCGCGUUAUCAACCUUGGGUCUGGUCUACGAAAACUAGGAUUGAAACCACUUUCUCGAUUAGGUUUAUUCAUGUUGAAUUGUCCAGAAUGGACACUUUCAGAAUUAGCCUCAUAUCUACAUAAUUUCACGACUGUUCCACUUUACGAAACUUUGGGCAUUGAAGCUAUUGAUCACAUCAUUAACGAGACGAGCAUGGAGUAUGUUAUUACGUCUCAUGCAAAGGCACAAUAUCUCUUGAAUGAAAAAGAAUCAUUGCCAACUCUGCAUACCAUAAUAGUGGUAGAUCAUAUUGAUCAAAAUCUUAUCGAAUACGGGAAAAGUUUAAAUGUACAGGUUGUUGAUUUUCUUAAAGUAGAAGAUGAAGGAAGUCAAAAUCGAGUUAAACCAGAAACCGUUAAACCUGAUGACAUAGCCACAAUCUGUUAUACAUCAGGUACUACGGGUUUACCAAAGGGUGCCAUUUUAACGCAUUCAAACUUUGUAGCAUUAGUCGCGAGUCUCACGUCUCUCGCAGAAAAAGGCAAAUUCUUUGAUGUUUCUAAAAAUGAUGUUCACAUUUCUUAUUUGCCACUUGCACACGUCUAUGAACGAUGUAAUCAGGCAGUAAUGGUUUAUAGUGGCGCAGCAAUCGGAUUCUAUCAGGGAGAUACAUUGAAAUUGUUAGAUGACAUCGCAGAAUUGAAGCCGACAAUCUUCAUAUCUGUUCCUCGAUUAUUGAAUCGUGUUUAUGACAAAGUGUUGGCAGGGGUAAAAGCAAAAGGUGGUGUGGCAGAAUGGACAUUUAACAGUGCAUAUAAACAGAAAAAGGCUUUAUUGUCCAGAGGAAUAGUCAAUCAUUGGUUGUGGGAUCGCAUGGUAUUUGCUCCGGUUCGUGCACGAUUAGGUGGUAGAAUUCGUGCUAUUCUUUCUGGUUCGGCUCCGAUCUCACCGGAUGUACUGGAUUUUCUAAGAAUUUGUUUUUCGGCCGAUGUUUAUGAAGGAUAUGGUCAAACGGAAAAUGCAGCCUGUGUAACAAUAUCUACAUAUGGAGAUACUGUAUCAGGUCAUGUAGGAGGACCACAACCUUGUGUCGAAGUGAAAUUGGUAGAUGUUCGAGAUAUGGGUUAUACUAGUCAAGAUAAACCUUUUCCUCGUGGUGAAAUUUGUGUUCGUGGUUAUUCUGUGUUCCGCGAAUACUACAAGAAUCCUGAGAAAACUGAAGAAACGCUUGACAAAGAUGGAUGGUGUCAUACAGGAGAUAUUGGCCUUUGGGAUUCCAAUGGGCGAUUAAUAAUCAUAGAUCGAUAUAAAAAUAUAUUUAAAUUGGCCCAGGGUGAAUAUAUUGCGCCAGAAAAGAUUGAGAGCAUCUACCAGAAACAUGAGCUUGUCUCGCAAGUUUUUGUGCACGGUGAUUCCCUACAAGCUUCACUUGUUGGCAUAAUUAUUCCUGACAGCGAAGCAUUACUAGGAUGGGCAAGGAAAAAUGGAUUUGCAGAUAAAUCCUACAAAGAAUUAUGUGAAGAACCAAAAGUUAAAAAUUAUAUCUUGCAAACUAUAACCAAGUUUGGUAAAGAACACGACCUCAAAGGCUUCGAAAAUAUAAAAAAUAUUUAUUUGAGUCCUGAACCGUUCAGCGUGGAAAAUGAUCUACUCACUCCGACAUUUAAGAUGAAAAGACACCAGGCACAAAAACAUUUCGCGCGACAGAUUGAAAUUAUGUAUUUUGAAAUUUCUUAA